AUUUCAAAGCGCAUGCUACAUGUCAAUACAAUGUUUGAAAUUAAGAUGAGGUUAUAUUUUUAAAAAGUUAAAGGAAAGGAGAUAUUGAUAAAGAUGUCUACUUUGCGCCCAUUAGUAAUGCUUCUAGCGUUACCGUUGAUAUUUUGCGAACGCACCGAACAUUCUGUUUUCCACUUCAAUUAUGACCCGGAAACGGGUUUCUUUGUUGGUCAUAACACGGUCGAGUGUUUUAUAGCUAUGUUAACGGACAACGAACGAAGAGAUGUACACACGGACGCUGGACUUUAUGCCUUAGAGCUUCAAAUGAUAAAGAACUGGAUUGGAAAAUUUCCCGAAAUGUCCAUCUACCAUGAUGACCAUAUGCUGAGUUCCUACAUAAGACAACACAUUUGUUACAAUAAAAUAAUAACUUUAAUUGAAAGAAAAACCCCACCAGGGAUAAUAGAAACAACCAUAAUUUUGGCUCCGACGACACAUCCAACGCCUCACGUUUCCUCUUCUGCAACAUUGCCUCCGUUUGUCCAAACGACCAAACUACCACAACCGAUGUCGUUUAAUAUUGCGAGAUCAACUACUGUGCCUUCCACAUCAAGUUCACGAAGUCUUACAAUUUUUACAAACGUGUUGCUGCCUACACGAGUACCCAUAGCAUCAAAUUUUAAGUUCUCCGACAUCUACUUCUGUAACAGAUGA